AUGGUGCUUUUUGCUGGAAAAGCCACGCGUUUGAAUGCCUUGCUGCUGCGUGGCUGUCUCCUGGAGCCUCACGUACCGCGCAGGCCUGUCACUGUCCAGCGCUCUCACUGGAAAGAUGCAGUGAUGGGUUCAGUGGAAGACUUGGAGCCAACUGGGCUUGAUCCCAGAACCGGCCGGUCAGAACUGACCUAUCAGAAGCUGCUGCAGAGGUCAGCUGAUGCAGUGAUAGAAAUUUUGUUUUUUCUGUUUCCACCAGAUGAAGAAACAAACGCUAAAACCCGUCUGCACUUCCUCAUCUCCAACGAGGGCCACCAGAACCUGCAUGUGUCCCAGGCCAACCUAUGGCUGUAUCUCCGUCUGCUGCCUGCUGGACCCGAGAAGGGCCUCCGGAGGAAGGUCACCAUCAAAAUCCACUACCAGGAGGCCGGAGCCGCAGAGGGGAACGAGGCAACGGGCCGCUGGGUUCUGGUGGAGAAGCGUGUGGACCUGAAGCGCAGCGGCUGGCACACGUUUCCCCUCUCGGAGGCGGUGCGGGCUGUGUUUGGGAAGGGCAGCCGGAGACAGGACCUGGAGGUGCACUGCGAGGGCUGCGAGACGGCUGGAGUGGCUCCGGUGCUGGUGGACCCGGGCGACCCGUCCCACCGGCCCUUCCUGGUGGUGCGUGCGCGUCAGAUGGACGGAAAGCACCGCAUUCGGAAGCGGGGCCUGGAAUGCGACGGCACCAGCGGGGGGUUAUGUUGCCGGCAGCAGUUUUACAUCGACUUCCGCCUCAUCGGCUGGAACGACUGGAUCAUUGCUCCGGCUGGUUACUAUGGUAACUACUGUGAGGGAAGCUGCCCCGCCUACAUGGCAGGCGUCCCUGGCUCAGCUUCAUCGUUCCACACAGCAGUCGUUAACCAGUACCGCAUGAGAGGCAUGAGUCCGGGCUCGGUGAACUCCUGCUGCAUCCCCACCAAGCUCAGCACCAUGUCCAUGCUCUACUUUGAUGACGAGUACAACAUCGUGAAGCGCGACGUUCCCAACAUGAUCGUGGAGGAGUGCGGCUGCGCCUGAGUCUGCCCAGCAGAUUCUGUGCAUGCAGGACUUUUCUGUGCAGAACAUCAUCUCCAUGUAUCCAUAUCUACUGAGAGCACAUUCACACAGAGCUGGUCUAAUCCAGAAAACACGACGUAGAUGUUGUGUCCACAUGAGUGUGACGGGACGAAAGAGCGUGUCUUUUUCUGACUUAAUGAAACACCUGCGUUCAGUGAUGGGGUGACAAGCAAAUUAUUUUCACCAAAUCACAUCUUGCUCUAGUUUGCCAUUUCUAGUCAAACCUAAUGGCCCAUUAUCUCCUCUGAAUGAAGUUUUUUAAAGCGCUUAAAGACAAAGACAGGAUCAACCAGUGGAAAUACUGCUGUCAGACUUUCUCCAACCCUCUUAAGUACUUAAAGCACAAAAGAAACUUGUUUUCUUAAAGCACUAUCAGUUCAUCACCUUAUACAAUUCAGAACGCCAGCACUUCUCCACUAUGCAGACAGAUGCAGCCUGACUGUCCCUUCUAGUGGAAUUAGAUAGCAGUGCUUAAUGCUGGAGGGCCAGUCACAGGUUGGGAUGCCGAGCCGCUGCUCAGCUUUGACGUAACAUCACUUCUGGUGAAGGGACAUCCGGACGAAGAAAACGUCUCAGAGGUGCACUUUGCCCGAUCUCCCUCCCUGGGGCUUGACAGAAGACAGCCUGCAGACUCAAAGACUAGUUUCCGCCAAACAGGUCACCACAGUGCAGUGCAGCACUUGCAGGAACUGAAAUGCACACCCUGAAUAGCACUUGUAUAAAAAUGCCUUCCUGGGUCCGGAGUGUCCUGACAGAUUGCUGAACAAGUGCCACAUGAGCUAUGCAAUGUGUAGAACUCCAUAAAAUCCAUAAUCAAUUUGCUCCAUUAGACUGAACUCUGCAUCUUCUUUCUAUCCUUCACUCAUUUCUUUACUCCUAAACUGUUUAAAAAUACUUGAAAUGUGAUCUUUCGCUUGCUUUCCAAAGCGAAUGAUUGUUGUGAUGUUUGCACUGAGACGUUGCGGAAUUAACGAAACAGAAACUGCCAUUGAAAAGUUAUUUUUAUAUAGUUAAAUUGAAAUAAGUUUCAGAUGUAUUUUACAAAAUAAAUGAAACCAAAGACGCCAAGAUUCCAGCUGUUUCACUGAAACUAUGAGGCCGUUAGUGGCAGUUCAAUAAGUAGAGAAAGGGCCUAUCACUGCAUCAGGGUAUGAGAGACAGAUGACAGAUUUUCAUUUUUCCAGCUCUUUUUUUCCAUUCUUUUUUGUACAAUAAACAUCAUUUCACUGUUCCUCUUAAUUAUAUAUAUUUUUUCUAUUUAA